AUUUUAUUGUUAUUUUCUAUUUAACUCUUAGAAAUACAAACUCUUUUGCUUAUUUCAAGUUUGGAAUCUAUCAUUUGUAAUCUAAUCUAUUCUGGAAUACAAUGUUUCUUAAGAGCACAAAGCAAGAAAUAACAAAAUAGAACUAAGUAAAUGUAUAAAUUUAAGAUUGUUUGUAUUAUUAAUAAAGAGAGGAGAGUAGAAUAAUUUGAGAUUAUUAAUUGGAGGAUUUAACAACCAAAGUCUCCUUUAAGAGCUUACUCCUCUGUCAAAAACCUCUGCUAAUGCUCAUAUGUAUUGUAUGGUACAUCGCUAUUUGUAUGUUACAUACAAAUAGCCAUACAUUUAACAUGCCCCUCCACUGCAAAUAUUGGCAGACUUUUGUACAGAAAAUUAUAGACAUGGCGUCUUCAGUUGCUAAAUCCUUCAAGCUUAUAUGUAUAGAUAUAUUUAACUUGAGUAUAAGUGAUUAGAGUCUGUUUGGAAAGAGAUAGAUUUCCGCAUAGACUCUAGGUCUUAAAUCUCUUGACAAUUAUUAAAAAACAGGUUGCAUACUUAAUUUGAGUUUUUGAGAUCUGACUGGUUGUAAAAGCAAUUAAAAAAAAUGAUUGAGUCAGCUGUCAAAUGAAAGUCACUUCAAAUAUUUAUACUAAACAUUAUUUAUAUUACAAUGAUAAGAUUUGAAACAUUUAAAAAUAAUUUAGAUGUAGAUGAUAAAUCUGGUGUAAAAGAUGUUAAUAUUGAUAAAAGUGUUAAUUUUAGAGGCUGCAUCGAUUUAGUAAAUAAAAACAGUUCAAGUUACUCCCAUGGCACGAAAAUUCCACCUCUUGGUGCUGCCAUAGUUGGAUUAAAUAACACUGAUGCUCCUCUUCCGGAAAAGACGAAAUGUAAUAAUGCCUGGACUGAUAUUGAUGCUCAAGAGCUCUUCCUAAGCUCGAAGCCUACUUGCUAUCUCAUUCUUGGUAAGCCUGGAGUUGGGGCAUACACACUGGGUGAAUCUAUAUCUAAAAAACUCAAUUGCAUUCACUUGUGCCCUAGAAAUGUAAUAGUAGAUGAAACAGAACAGAAGACCUCAACUGGAAAAUGUAUGGACUUUAACAUGAGACAUAAUAAGAAAAAGAAAAGACAGAAGAAAGAUGAUGAAACAGGCACUUCUCUCGGAAGUCAAGCGGAAGCGGAACAAGACACCAGAGAGGAGGAGGCUGAAGAAGAACAGGAACCAGAAGAUGAAAAUGUAGAAGAAGAAGAAGAACCUCCAGUUGAAUUACCAAAAUUUUUAUUAGAACCAUGUUCUGGAAUGAUCUCAUGUAAAAAACCAUACAUGACCUCUAAAAAAGUUGCAUUGCUAGAACAGUUUAAGCAGAUUAUGAAGUUACCUGUAAAACCAGAUGUUGUAAUCUAUAUCACAAGCUCAGAUGCAGAUGCUAUAUCCAAAAAACAAAACACUUAUUUGAAUUAUGGAAAUGCAUGUACUGUUUAUAAAUCUAUCUCUAGUAGAAUUGAAGCAGACUUGAGAUGGCCCAUUAAAUGUUAUAUUAAUGAAGACCAUUCUAACCAACAAGAAAAUCACAUUGUUAAUUCUAAGUAUUAUUGUAGACAACCAAUGAAUUUCAAGGAGAACUCUGUUGAACAAAUGUGUAACUUCAGGAAACAUCUCCUUACAUUUAUGGAAUGCCAACUCAAACAAUUUGAACCUGCAACUAUCAUUAAACUAGAUGGUUGUAUUCAGGUUUAUCAAAUGAUGCAACAAAUUUCAGAACGGCUUCUCUUCUUGUAUAUAAAACCAGUUUGUGUCCCUGAACCUAUGUAUCUUGAAGAUCCUUCUGAUGAUUUGGAGGAAUUCUGGCAAACUGUGGAAGAAUUGGCUGUCAUGCGCAGUAAUAAUAUUAGUUUCAAUAGAUAUGCAUCUCUUUGGUACAAUAGAUGUCCUGUGGAACUCAAAAAAAGAAUAUCAAAAAGAGGACACCCAAAAUUUGCUGUUACUUUCCUGAAACACGUGUAUCUUAUGUCUACAUUACCGUCUAUGAUACAGUUUUGCAGAAACCCUCGGCCUUUUCUGAAAUUAGCAUAUUUAGAGCCAACAUGUAGAGCUAUUGUUGUUGGUACUAAAAGUGCAGGGAAAACAAUGAUCUGUAAAUGUCUUGAGUGGCUAUUUGACGCACAAUACAUCAACUUCAACAAAUUCUAUGAAGAAGAAAAGAUAAAGAAAGAAAUAAGCACAAAAAGAAAUAUUUUUUCCGAAAUAAUUGCAACAAUAGAGGACGCGAGAUUUGCAUUGUGGCAAACUACUGAAUUUGAAAGAGUGAAAGAUUUAAAUGCUUGGUAUGACUCAACAAUGAAGAAUCUCAAAAAAUACCUCCCUUUACUAGUUAAAUACUUAGCGCAUGCAAAGUGCUCCUGUGCACAGGAAAGUGUAGAAGAGGAAGAAAAUUCCCCUCUAGACCUGGUUUUCUUAAGCACAUUUCAGAAAUAUCGGAACGAAUUGUUGACCCUUCCAUUCGUCAAUGAUGUGGACGACAUUAAACGAGCAAUUGCUGAUAAAGACACUUUGAUGAGAAAUGGGCCUGAUCACUUGAUUACCCCAACAGAAAAACCAUUAUUACCGGUCAUGGGUGAUGCUGAUGUAACAGAAGCAAUUAGCGCUUACAUUGUAGCAAAUGAACUUCAAAAAGACCUUGAACCUACUCCUGAGGAGUUAGUGACUGAAUUAUGCAAGAUUUUGGAUAAUAUUGAUAAGGAAGUUGCUGAAAGAACAUGUAAUGAGAAACAAUAUGGAAAAUGGGUCAUUGAUGAUUUUCCUUCAGAUCCAGAAUAUUGGGGAUUUUUAAUCGAUUCCGGCUUCAUGCCUGAUUACACUAUAGCUUUAAUAGAAAAUAGAGAAAUAGAGGCAGACCUCAUGAAAGAAUAUAAAAUUAUUGAAAAUAGCGUUAAACAUUACCAAGAGAGAUUUAUUUUAGCUGAUGAUCCAUUAAUUAACACUAAACUAAAAGAAAAACAUCUCCCGUCACCACAUUCAGUUGUAAAAUUUAUUGUUCAUGAUCACCAGGCCCAAGUUUUGGAUGAUAUUUUUAAUGAUAGACCAGAAAAUGCUAUUGAGGUUUCAGACUCAACUGCUGAAAUAACUGCAUUUACUGAAGCAAUUGAAAAAUUCCGAGAAAACUGGACUGAAAUUCAAUCUAAAAUAGAAGAAUCUAACAAAUGCCACGUCGUGGUAGAGCUCGAGAAUAAAACUGAUGUUUCUAUCACAGAAGAAGUGUUAUUAAAGUUACGUCAAUGUUAUUAUUUGCCGUGUAUUCCUGGCGAACCAGAGGAAAUAGAAAAUCUCGAUGAAGACGACGAUCAACCAAAAGAUACUAGUACAUUUAAUUUGCCUUAUUUUUUAUGUGAAACGAAUGUAUAUUGCCCAAUUGCCUAUUAUGAUCAUGGCGUAUUAUGGGAAGGAAAACCUGAAUACUCUAUCAAAUACAACAACAAACUCCAUCUGUUCUCGAAUGAAAAUUGUUUAAAUGAAAUAUUUUCAAAAGAUGUUACUAAAUAUCAGUCAUACUCCAAGCCAUUCAAACUAAUUCCUUGUUUGAGAAUUUGCGUAAUGGGACGUAUUGGCAGUGGGAAGACUACGAUAGCAAAAUACAUAGCCAAAGAACUUGGUUUAAUUCAUGUCGAUUUUGUUGAACUUGUGAAUGACUAUUUAAUACCGCGACAUUUUAAGAAAAUUGGUCGCAAGUAUGAAAACAGCUUCACUGAUACGUCAACUGAAGAAGAAAAUGCUGUGGAAAUACAAAUGGGCGAAGAAAACUUAGAAAACCUCGAAGCUGAUCUAAUGGCAAAUGAAUCUGAGCUUAGGCGCAUGCUAAAUAAUUAUUUUGAGCAAGGAACUCCACUUCUGUCCAUAUUGUUGCAAAAAUUAUUAAAGAGAAUAUGGUUUCAAAAACCAUUUUGCUCUACAGGUAUUGUGCUAGAUGGGUUUCCACGAAUGGCAUCUGAUGUUGAGGAUAUGGUAGCUUGCUACUGCAUUCCAGAUCUUAUAAUUGAUGUAAGUACUAGUUCAGACGAUGUACAAGCAAGGACAGCGCCUAACAUGUACAAAACGUGGAAAGCUCAAAUGACUGAAGCUAAACAUUUAGCUAAAAUGAAAUUUGACAAAGAAAAAAGUGAAUGGUUGUCCUUUGUAACACAGAAAGUCGUUUGUAAAUUAAUUUUAGAUGAUAUUUUAAACGCUGCUGUAGUAGAAGAUGAACCUGUUAAACCACCCUCAACAGAAAGCAAUAAAAUAGAAGUUGAUACACAGGAAUCUGACUUGAUGAAGUACUAUAACGAGAUAGUUGAAGAGUUUCCAGAGCCAGUCGAUAUAAGCACUUGGGAAAAUGCAAGCGACGCUCGAGAUAGAAUCGAAGCCAGAAUAGACAGCAUUUAUGAGAUUGACGACGGAAACAUUGAAAGUCUUAGAGACCCUGCGGAAGAACAAAAAAUUAAGAUAGUUUCUAUCGAUAAUACCAAGUCAUUAAAUAAAACCCUGCGAAAAGUUUCAGCUCAACUUAAAACCAUAAGAAAUAGAUCCGAAUCCUUUUUGGAGCAAACAUUUAUACUUGAUCCAGACGUAGCAGAAAGCCUUCUGUUAGAAGGUUUCUAUUUUAUUAGCAGGUUUAAUCGAAUGUGUCCCGUACAUAUUUUUGAAAAUCCUUACACCAUAAUUAAUCCAUACAAAGUAAUGAAGACUAAAGGUUCGGCUUACACUGUUGCCCAUCGUUCUUACAUUUAUUUCAUCAGUGGUAAAACAAAUUUGAAGAAGUUCAGGCUUAAUCCACUGAAAUAUAUUGUAAACAAUAACAUAACUAAUUUUAUUCAAUACCCUUUAAGAUACAGCAUAAUUGGACCGCCAAAGUGUGGAAAAAGUGAAUUAGCAAUGAAAUUGGCAAAAAAAUAUGGAUUGAUCUGUAUUUCUAAAGGUAAAGCUAUUCGACAUGUAUUAGAUAAUAUGCACUGGACCGAAUUAGCGGAACAAAUGCUAAUGCAAUUAAGAGAAGGAAAAUGUAUUGAAACAGGCCUCAUUAUCAAAGCUGUUCAGAUUGUUGCUACAGAUCACCGGACAGUUACAAAUGGUUGUGUCUUUGAUGGCUUUCCUGACAGUGUUGCUGAAGCAAUGGGAUUGUUAAGUAUCGGGCUUUAUCCUCUCAUAAUAUUCGAUCUUUCUAGUGACAAAAUGACGAUCCUAGAUAAUUCACAUAAUGAGAUAUAUUUAGAUAUCAUAAAGUAUAAACCGCCGUAUUCACGAUCUUUUAUUGAAAACAGGUUUAUAAGCUGGGCUAAAAACUGUUUAAGUUUAAGGGAUUUUGUGAAGGAAGACAUUCAAAAUAUUUAUCUCUUAAACGGGAAUGAAUCCAGAUGGCAGUGUUUAAAAGAUGCCAUCCUCAGAAUUCAGUCAACAGCUCUAGAGAUUUGUCAUUACUUGCACAAAGUUCACUCAGAUGUUGUACCUGCUGGCGUUAUGUGUGUUUCGAACGAAGCAUUCAAACAAAAAAUGUCUUGUUUCAAAAACCUGUGUCCCGUUUGUCUUUCCAAUAAUACUUUGAAACACAACGAAUUCCCUGUUGAUAAAAAAGGUGUACUGCAGUAUAAAUACAUAUAUUAUUGGGUUUGUGAAGAGCAUUUGAGAUUGGUUCUUAAUAAUCCAGACCAUUACCUAGCUCAUAGAAUGAUAGAAAUUCCAGAAAUCCCGGCAGUUGUCAAAAGAAUCAAUCCUUCACUUGUUUACGAAAAUGGCAUUUGUAUCGUAUCCUAUGCCGAAAACUUACCAGCACAAAAGAUACAAAGAGGGAGUAGUAAGUUUGCAGCUAACUACCACGGACAUACUUAUCUGUUUUGUUCUGCCCAUUGCCUAAAAAUAUUUUUGGCUAAACCUCAGUUGUAUUAUAAUGUAGUUGUUUUUAAAGAUGCAAAAAUGUUUCCAAAGCUGUCUCUUAAGAACUUACCGCACAUUGGUUACUUAGAACAAACUGUAGGGGACAUGAUUACCGAAGCUUGUUGUUCAGUAAAUGUGCUGAGACCGAAGUACCCAGGCUUGGAUAUAAAGCUUUCGGGUCUGCUCUAUAUAGCGCUUUAUCUAAAAACGCAUAACAUAUAUACAGAUAAGAGUUUCCUGCCAAAGUAUUUGAGAGCUCUUGAAGUAUUUGAAGCUAGGUGCAAAUUAAUGAUAAACGUCGGCUUACGCUUGAGAGCCAUGGAUAAUCCGUUUUCCAAAUAUCCUAUAUGUCACCAUCCUUCGAAGAGGAAGGUGUCUAAAUCUGAGUUAAGGUCUCUAGCUUCCGGUGACAGUCUUGGGGAUGCGUUCCAGUCUCUUAUCGCUUAUGAUUCGUCCUAAAUUGAACUGUAUAUACUAUAUGUGUUCACCUUUUCAUAGUUUAUACCUUGAUAUUUAACUAAACAAUUAUUUUUUUGCUACAGGUGACAUGCUAGUUACCCAAGUUGAAGUUGAAAUGGUUUUUUCGUUUAAUGUUAAAGAAAAUCUAUUUAAUUAUAUUGUUUUUGUUAUUUUGUGGGUAACCUAAUAUUUAAAGAUAAUCUUAAUA